GUUCUUGCGAUGUCGAAGAAAAACAACCUCGCCACGCGCGCCCGGCAGCACGAGUUUGAUCUCAAGAGGGAGAAAGAACAGCUUGACAAGCAGGCCAAGAGAAUUCCAAACCAAAACAAGAUGAAGAUCGAUUCGGUGAAGAUCAAGAAGAAAGUUAGCAAGAAGAAGAAGAAGAAGAGCGUAGUGAAGGCAGCGGGGGCUGCCAAAGGCAUGGAGAUAGAUUCUUGAUAGAGUAUGCUCCAUGGAAUCAGAUUCCGGAUUGAAAAGGACAAACAACGUAGGAAUAUUUUUGCGGAGGAAGAACCUGCGAGCCGGCAUGGCUGCUGGUGCUUCUUCCAUCGUGAAUGUUGGUUCGUUUAGUCUGGAAAUCAAGAGGGAUCUUUCUAGACAGUCGGGAAGAACAUCGAGAGCUUGUGGUGCUUUUACUCUUAAGUGCAGGGCCGCGGCAUCUGGAAGGCUUGAAGAAACAUGGAAGCCUGCUCCGAUGGGACAGAUCUCCUCUUACAACGAUUCCUGGCUUGACAAGCGGAUGAUACUCGUCUUCGUUGGAGCCAUGUCCAAAAUCUCUGGAAAAACCACCAGCCUUCCUGGGUUUGAUGGCUUUGUGGACGUAGCAAGGAAGAUGAUGCAAGGCCGGACUCCUGUGCAACAACACGAAAUGGUACUGCGAGUAUUAGAGUCUCUCAUGCCUUGGUGGAUCGGAGCUAUGAUUCGGACUAUCUUGCCGGCAUCUAGAGCUACAGCGGAGUUUUAUGCUCACGGCACUACACUGUUCACGAGUUGGUUGAUUGGACCAAGCGAGGUGAUCGAAGUCGAGGUUGAUGGAGUGAAGCAAAAAACUGGUGUUCACAUCCAGAAAUGCAGGCAUAGUGUUUGUUCUGUCUCCUUUUUCGUUUUUUAUUAAGAAUUUUUGCUUCUCGUCUUUCGCAUGUAGAGUUUUGGAGAGCUCGGCAUGCGUGGGCUUGUGUACCAACAUGUGCAAGGUUCCAUCCCAAAGAUUUUUUGCAAAAGAACUCGGUGUGCCCAUGACGAUGGUUCCCAACUUCGAAGACAUGAGCUGUGAUUUUAUCUACGGCCAGACUCCGCCGCCUUUAGAAGAGGAUCCAGCGUCUCGACAACCUUGCUAUUACGGAAUGUGCCCGACUGCAAAAGCUAAAGCGAACUCCUGUCCAAGGUUAUAGGUGAAACGCUUGCGUUUAAUGGUUAGAAAACGGAGUGUUAUCAGUUGUGACUAAGAAAUGGGAAGAAGUUUGGUUUUUUCACAAA